AAUCCAAGGUAAAAAAUAUUCAAUUUUUACUCAAAAAAAGGUAAAAAUAGAUAAUAAGUUGACCGUACACAAUACAUAAGCCUCAUUUUCUUCUCACAACUCAGAACUUUCACAAUCACAAACACAAACAAAGUAACAAAUAAUCGCUUCUUCUAAUCCAUUUUCUCACAAACUUCCACACACACACACACGCAGUUACCGCAACUUCAUACUCAGAUUUUCUGUUUCUGUUUUCUUUGAAGCAUUUCAUCAAACAUUAACAGAUACUACUUUUAUAUAUAUAUAUUUCUUAAAUGGCUUAUACUCGCCGGUGAUGAUGAAGAUCUCCGGCGAAUCUCACCGACAACCACCACAUUUCACGGCGAGCAUUGCUCCCAACUACUCUCAUGAUUCAGAUCUUCGACCUCAACAGAGAACUUCUCGUCGGAAGUUCAAGACGCCGGGGAGCCGCUUGAGGAGAAGUGGUACUUCUUCUGGAAGACGGAGUAGACCUGAAACUCCUUCGAAGUUGAAGAUCCCUGAUGAAAGAGAGGAGAAUGGCGGUGUUGGUGGUGGUGGUUGUGAUGCAGUGGAGGAGGUUUGCCGGAAAAGGGAGCAGCAGCCGGUGAUUGUCUCGGCGAGGAAGCUUGCUGCUGGACUUUGGCGGCUUCAGUUGCCGGAGGUUACGGUGGCUGGUGAUUGUGGAACUCGAGGUGGUUUGAGACUUCAGAAUGGAAUUGGCUAUGCAGACCACCCAUAUCUUAGUAAUCGAAAUGGCGUUAUGCACGGAUAUGAUAUGAAGAGUCCAUCACAAAGUCGCCGUUCCAUUUCUGGGACAAAGGAUGGACAUUUUUGUGAGCUUGACCCUUCCUUCCAGUUUUCCUCUACUGCAAUGGAGGGAAUGACAAAGUGGGAUCCUGUUAGUUUGAAAACAUCAGAUGAGGUGCAGGAUAUCUACAGCCAGAUGAAACUUCCUGACCAAAAGGAUAGCACUGUUUCUGCUCUUGAAGCUGAAUUAGAGCAGGCUCGUGUGCGGAUUCAGGAGCUCGAGACUGAACGCCAUUCAUCCAAAAAGAAACUUGAGCAUUUCUUAAAGAAAGUCAACGAGGAGAGAGCCUCGUGGAGAAGCAAAGAACAUGAGAAAAUCCGUGCAUAUGUUGAUGACAUUAAAUCAGAUCUGAAUCGAGAAAGGAAAAGUCGUCAGAGGGUUGAAAUUGUCAAUUCGAGGUUGGUUAAUGAAUUGACUGAUGCUAAGUUAUUAGCAAAACGCUGCAUGCAGGACUUUGAGAAGGAAAGGAAGGCCAGAGAAUUGAUUGAAGAAGUAUGUGACGAGCUUGCUAAGGAAAUUGGAGAAGACAAGGCUGAAGUUGAAACGUUAAAGAGAGAGUGUAUGCAACUUAGGGAAGAAAUGGAAGAGGAGAGAAGAAUGUUACAGAUGGCUGAAGUAUGGCGUGAAGAACGAGUUCAUAUGAAAUUGAUAGAUGCAAAAGUUGCUCUUGACGAAAAGUAUUCACAGAUGAAUGAACUUGUAGCAUAUUUGGAAACCUUUCUCAAGUCAAUAAAUGUGAACUCAGAUACUAAGGAGAUCAGAGAGGCACAAUCACUUCAACAAGCUGUAGCUGCUGUGAACAUUCAAGACAUCAAGGGAUUUUCCUAUGAGCCAUCUAAUCCAGAUGAUAUUUUUGCCAUUUUUGAAGAUGUAAAUUCUGGUGAACCUAAUGAUAGGGAGACCGAAUCAUGCAUUGCUUACUCUCCAGUGAGUCAUGCCUCAAAGAUUCACACGGUUAGUCCCGAAGCCAACUCGGUAAGUAAGAAAGGCUUUCAGAGACGUUCUGACAUAUAUAUCGAUAACAACUGUGAUAUAGAAGAGGAUGAAAGUGGAUGGGAAACCGUGAGCCAUGUUGAAGAUCAAGGAUCAAGUUAUUCACCAGAAGGGAGUGCCCCUUCGGUGACUAAGAAAGGUCGAGAGAGCAAUGUGUCAGGGAUGAGUGUGAUUGAUUGGGAAGGAAAUGCAGGUGAAGAGACCCCAUUAACUGAAAUAAGUGAAGUCUGUUCGGUACCAACUAAGCAAUCAAAGAGAAUAUCAUCCAUAGCAAGGCUUUGGAGAUCAGGACCAACGCAUGAGGAUAAUUACAAGAUAAUCUCUAUGGACGGAAUGAAUGGGCGGCUUUCAAACGGAAAGGUAUCUAAUGGGAGCAUCAUGUCUCCCGAAUGGGGACUUGAUAAAAGUGGACUAAGCCCUCAAGACAUUUUAUGCCAGUUAAGUUCUCCCGAUUCAGGAAGUGUGCAUAAUCGAGGCAUGAAAGGAUGCAUUCCUCGCACAGGACCAAAGGGUAGCUUGAAAGCCAGACUUAUGGAAGCUAGGAUGGAAAGCAACAAGUUUCAGCUGCGCCAUGUUCUGAAACAGAAGAUCUAGAUGUAAACUUAGCCAAAGAUUGCUCAUUUGCACAACUGAAGAAUGACACACAUGCAGCAUCUAGUUUUGAAUUGUGGGAGUAAAAAUAUGCUGCUUUCAAAAAUACUGCUCAGAAAUGAUGGAGGGUCAUAAAUAAAUGCAAUUUUCGUGUAGUAUUUAACCAUGUUUUAAUUCUUCAUUUUCACUCAUUAAGCAAAGAUAAUAAUCUCUUAGGAAAUAGCUAGUUUUGUAAUCUAUAUCAUGAUCUGGCCUUGCUUCAUUUUGUGUAAUGAAAACUAUGAGAAGCAUGUUGCUUUUGUUGUAUCAUUAUUAAGUCUGAGGACAAAUAUGCAGGAAACUAGAUCAACAUAAAGUAUAAAUGAUAGUAUUUUCUUUUCCAUAA